UUUUUUUUUUUCUUUCUUUCUUUGCUAUGAGUGAUCGCAGUUAUUCACCAACACGAGGACGCUCUUAUUCUACGAGAAGUUCAAGCCCACAUUCGUACUACUCACACUCACGUUCAGGUUCGCGAGGACGAUCGUACAGCCGAGGAAGACACUCGCGAUCUUACAGCAGUAGACGCCAUUCUCGAUCUUAUAGUGGACGUUCUCCUUCACCUGAUUACUAUCGUGGAAAAGGAUAUUAUCAUUCGAGAUCUCCUUCACCGAGAUAUCGUUCGAAAUCACCAAGAGGAGGCCAUGAGGGUCGACCAGACUGUACUGUAUUUGUUGGUAACCUGUCAUAUGAUACCAACUGGUAUGACCUGAAGGACUUUAUGAGAGACGCAGGACAAGUGGUUCAUGUAGACAUCAUGAAGUUGAGUAACGGCAAAUCAAAGGGUUGUGGGUAAGUCAGAGAAACAUGCAUAUAUAAAAAGUCAACAUGAAGAAGCCCAUAUGCAUUAUGUGAAUAGAAUUGUCGAGUAUCGGUAUCCAGAAGAUGCGAAAAGAGCCAUCCAAAUGUUAAACGAAGUUCGUUUUAUGGGCAGAUAUGUUUACGUGCGAUAUCUUCGAGGACCAAAAGGCGAAAAGGAUUUUGACUCGGUGAAGGAUGUACCUGAAGAUUGCAGAAUUUUUGUGAGAAAUCUACCACCAAACUUUAGUUGGCAGGAUUUAAAGGAUCUGUUUAGAAAGGCUGGUCGAGUGUUGCAUACGGAUGUUUUCAACGAUCCAGAAACAAGACGGCCUAAUGGCACUGGAGUAGUCAUUUUUGAUAAUCUCUCGGAUACGCGUCAUGCAAUUAGCACGUUGAAUGGAUAUAAUUUACAUGGAAAUAGAAUAGAGGUAAUGCAGGAGAAGCUUAAAGAUGUACAGGCAGAUAUAAAUCAAGUGACUACUCCUCCUCGUACUGCUUUUACUGCUGGUGUUGUCACGCCAGCUAGUGCCACUGCAGCUAUAAAUGCACAUACAACCAAUAUACCACCACCUCCUCCUCCUAUGUCCUCGGUGUCAGACAGUCAUUACUAUCGCUCAUCAUCAUCACCACCACCACCUCCGCCGCCACCUCCUCCUCCAUCAACCAUGGUUGAACAGCCAAUGCCCCCUUCUCCAUAUCAAAAUGUGCAUCGAUUUGGCGAGCCUGUCCCACCUCCACCACCUGUUUAUCCUGGUGUGAGUCUAGUAGGCGGGCCUGCUGCUGAUUUACCAACUCAUGGACAUAACCAAAUAUAUGUGAACAAUUUGCCAUUUUCUACUACUUGGCAAGAUUUAAUUGAUCUAUUCCGACAUGUAGGACCAGUUAUGCGAGCAGAGAUCUUAGUGAUCAAUGGAUAUCCUAAAGGAGCAGGCUAUGUUCGUUUUGAAGAUGCAGAAACCUGUCAAAGAGCCAUUGGUAAAAUAAGACACACAAAUGUAUUGAGUUAACAUUGUUCUAUAGACAGGUUCAAUGGAUAUAUUUAUGGUGGCCGUGCUUUGGACAUAAAGAUGGAUAAAUAUUCUACAACAUUAUAAAGGAAUAGGCUCAUGA